GCCGCCGCCGCCGCUGUCGGUGCUGGAGAUCGCGGCGCGGCGCAGGCGGCGCCCGUGCCUCUGCUGCUCCGCCAGCCCGCGCGCCCGUCCGCCCGUCCGUCUGCCGACCGGGGCCGUCUUCUGCCUCCCGCUGCAGGAUCCUCGGCGCCGCCGCUCGCUCCCCAGGUAACUGAGGUCUGGUCCCUGCUUCCCAGAGUGCACGCAGUCUGGUAGGGGAGGGUCUGCUGGGAAAACAGCAAAAGAAGGAAAUUAAGGAGAUGCUCCUGUAAUUUACCCAGGCAACCCCAGCAAGGUCAAUAGACAGAUCGUGUUGCAAGGAGAAAAGCUACAGGCAUCUGAGGAAAAACCAUUGCAAAACAGCUUUGACCAUAAAGCCAACCUAGAAGACUUGGACUACCAGGUGCAAGGCAGAUGGAUGGUACAGGGACCCAGUAACCUUGGUGUUAUAAGGCUGCUCUCUAACCAACUGAGCUGACCAGCCUAUUGUUCUAUUUUUAUGUAGAGAAAAUCUUGCAUGCUAAUUCUUUGAACCUGGAUCUCAGAGGUGGUCUGGACACCCUCAAUAUUUGUCUGCUGUUUUCUCGUCAAACCUGAUUCAUAAAAUGGAAUGAAACUGAAGAGUCACCUAGUUCUUUGUGAAUCUAAGAGAAGAUUGGGAUGGUCUUAAGUGCACGUAACUAGACUCUAACUGCGGCGAUGAGUUCAGACGAGAAGGGCAUAUCCCCUGCUCAUAAAACAUCUACUCCAACCCACAGAAGUGCCUCCUCUUCAACCUCCUCCCAGAGAGACAGUAGGCAGAGUAUUCACAUAUUGGAGAGGACUGCUUCCUCUGGCACCGAGCCCUCUGUAAGUCGGCAAUUGCUAGAACCGGAGCCAGUCCCCCUCUCCAAGGAAGCUGACAGCUGGGAAAUUAUAGAAGGGCUGAAAAUAGGCCAAACCAAUGUCCAGAAACCAGACAAACAUGAAGGCUUUAUGCUGAAGAAAAGAAAAUGGCCUUUAAAAGGCUGGCACAAGCGUUUUUUUGUCCUGGAUAAUGGAAUGUUAAAGUAUUCAAAGGCACCACUUGAUAUUCAAAAAGGGAAAGUCCAUGGGAGCAUAGAUGUUGGACUCUCUGUCAUGUCAAUUAAAAAGAAGGCUCGGAGAAUAGACCUUGACACAGAAGAGCACAUCUAUCAUUUGAAGGUGAAAUCCCAGGACUGGUUUGAUGCGUGGGUCUCUAAACUGCGCCACCAUCGGCUGUAUCGUCAGAAUGAAAUUGUGAGAUCACCAAGAGAUGCUAGUUUUCACAUAUUUCCUUCAACCUCCACUGCUGAAUCCUCCCCAGCUGCUAAUGUGUCCAUUGUGGAUGGAAAGGUGCAACCAAACAGCUUUCCAUGGCAGUCCCCUUUGCCAUGCAGUAAUAGCCUCCCUGCGACCUGCACAACUGGCCAGAGUAAGGUGGCAGCCUGGUUACAGGACUCGGAAGAGAUGGACAGAUGUGCAGAAGAUCUUGCACACUGCCAGUCAAACCUUGUAGAACUUAGCAAACUCCUGCAAAAUUUGGAAAUACUUCAGAGAACUCAAUCAGCACCUAACUUUACUGACAUGCAGCAUGAUAUCUAUGCUUAUCAUAGCCAGGAAAAAAGAACCUUUUUUAUAAAUAAAAGAACCGUUACUAUAAAUAAAAUAAUUGAAGAAGGCUGGCAUUACAAGAACAUAUGCAUUUGUGGAUAUAUAUUAUUUCGAUCUUGUUUUCAUAAGGAAGGGCCACCUGCGAAGGGCCAGUUCAGCACUACUCGGCGCCGGCAGAGGCUAGCGGCAGCAGUGGCUACAACAGUCCCUUUCAGUGCUACCAUGUCACCGGUUCGAUUGCAUUCCUCCAACCCCAACCUCUGUGCAGAUAUUGAAUUUCAGACGCCCCCUAGCCACCUCACUGACCCUCUGGAAAGUUCAACAGAUUAUACAAAGCUGCAAGAAGAAUUUUGUCUAAUUGCACAGAAAGUGCAUUCUCUUUUGAAGUCUGCAUUUAAUAGCAUAGCUAUAGAGAAAGAGAAGCUGAAGCAGAUGGUUUCUGAGCAGGAUCACAAUAAAGGCCACAGCACGCAGAUGGCACGGCUCCGACAGUCACUGUCUCAGAGCGAAGGAGCAAGCAAAUCCUGGGCACUCAACCAGAAUGCUGAACUAAGGAGUCGGUUGAACAGAAUACAUUCAGAGUCUAUUAUUUGUGAUCAGGUUGUCAGUGUAAAUAUUAUUCCUAGCCCUGAUGAGCCUGGUGAGCAAAUCCAUGUCAGCCUCCCCCUGUCACAGCAAGUCGCCAAUGAAAGCCGCCUGUCCAUGUCAGAAUCUGUUUCUGAGUUCUUCGAUGCCCAAGAGGUGCUCCUCUCUGCAAGUUCAUCAGAGAAUGAGGCCUCAGAUGAUGAGUCUUACAUCAGUGACGUGAGUGAUAAUAUAUCUGAAGACAACACUAGUGUUGCGGACAAUAUUUCUCGACAAAUCCUGAAUGGUGAGCUUACGGGAGGGGCCUUCCGAAACGGACGUCGAGCAUGCCUGCCAGCUCCUUGUCCUGACACCAGUAACAUCAACCUGUGGAAUAUCUUGAGGAACAACAUUGGUAAAGACCUGUCGAAAGUCUCUAUGCCUGUGGAGCUAAAUGAGCCACUCAACACUCUGCAGCAUCUCUGCGAGGAAAUUGAGUACAGCGAGCUUCUGGACAAAGCUUCGGAAACCGACGACCCAUAUGAGCGCAUGGUUCUUGUUGCUGCAUUUGCAGUUUCAGGCUAUUGCUCCACCUAUUUCAGAGCAGGAAGUAAGCCAUUCAACCCAGUCCUUGGAGAGACGUAUGAAUGCAUUAGAGAAGACAAGGGAUUCCGAUUUUUCUCAGAACAGGUUAGCCAUCAUCCACCCAUUUCUGCCUGUCACUGUGAAUCAAAGAAUUUUGUGUUUUGGCAAGAUAUCAGAUGGAAAAACAAGUUCUGGGGGAAGUCGAUGGAGAUCCUGCCCAUUGGAACACUGAAUGUCAUGCUUCCAAAAUACGGAGAUUACUAUGUGUGGAAUAAAGUCACCACAUGCAUACACAACAUCCUCAGUGGGAGAAGGUGGAUCGAACAUUAUGGAGAAGUAACCAUUAGAAAUACCAAAAGCAGUAUUUGCAUCUGUAAACUCACGUUUGUCAAGGUCAAUUACUGGAAUUCUAAUGUGAAUGAAGUCCAGGGGGUUGUGAUAGACCAGGAGGGGAAGGUGGUGCACCGGCUGUUUGGGAAGUGGCAUGAAGGACUCUACUGUGGUGUGGCCCCUUCUGCGAAGUGCAUCUGGAGACCAGGUUCCAUGCCAACCAACUAUGAGCUCUACUAUGGCUUCACGAGGUUUGCUAUUGAGCUCAAUGAGUUAGAUCCUGUACUAAAAGAUCUCCUUCCACCAACAGAUGCCCGAUUCCGACCAGAUCAAAGAUUUUUGGAAGAAGGAAAUUUAGAAGCUGCAGCAGCAGAGAAGCAAAGAGUAGAGGAACUCCAGAGAUCUCGAAGACGAUACAUGGAAGAAAACAGCCUUGAACAUAUACCAAAAUUUUUUAAAAAAGUUAUUGAUGCCAAUCAAAGAGAAGCCUGGGUUUCUAACGACACCUACUGGGAGCUUCGAAAGGACCCUGGCUUCAGCAAAGUAGACAGCCCUGUUCUUUGGUAAAUUGAGAAUGUAGAGCUAGCCAACAUAUCACACUCUGAAUGAAUAAAUAACUAUGCACAAUUA